GGUCAGGACCAGAAUGAGGACAAGAGGCUGGAAGUUACUGGCACCGCUAGCACCAGCAGACGUGAAGCUUCAUCAGGUGAGAAUCUGCGUCUGUUUGCUGCAUGUAUGCUGUAUGCCUUCUCCUGCUUCUUCUUCUUCUUCACUUCCUCUUUUACUAGUUCAAAUCAAGUUUUCACAAAACUCAUCAGACAGCCACAGAGAUGAACAUGAUGAGACAGAUAUUGGGCCACCUGCUCUUUUGCGCCGGUGGCAACAACAAAAGCAACAGCAGCAGCAGCAACACCAGAAAGAGAAAGAGAACACAUCAGAUGAGGAUUUAAGCAAGUUCUACAGCAAAAUAAAUUUGAAUACUUCAUUUAGUCGCUCAGAGUCUGAAAGAGAUAAAG